UUUUUUGAGAGCAGUGCAAUAGUCAUUGCAGAGAGAUUGUGUGGGGAGGUUAAUAGCAAUUAAUUAAAAGCAAUAUAAUUUUAAUAAAAUAUGUAGUGUUUGUUAAUAAUUUGUUAAGGUUACACAAAUAUUUUACAGGUUGAAAUUGUCUAGUAGCAAGUGCGCGCAAUAUGGGCAAAGAUCAUGAUUUACUGGAAGCAUCGCGUAAUGGGAACAUUUCAUUGGUAGGAAAAAUUUUGGAUAGUUUGCGCAAACGCACAGGUCCUUUAUCAAGUUUCAGACGCGGUCCUAGUGUAAAUGCUCAAGAUGUUAAUGGAUAUACCGCAUUGCAUCACGCUUGUUUAAAUGGACAUAGUAAUAUAGUUGUUUUAUUAUUGGCAUAUGAUGUAAUACCAGAUGUACCUGAUAUACGUGGGUCCACUCCUUUGUACCUUGCCGCUUGGGCUGGCCACCAUGAUAUUGUCAAAAUAUUAUUAAUGCACACAAAUAAACCUGCAAAUCCCAAUGCACAAACAAUAGAUAAUGAAACGCCACUACAUUGUGCUGCACAACAUGGACACAAUGCUGUCUUAUCAAUAUUAAUUUCAUAUGGUGCCGAUCCGACUAUAAGGAAUAAGAGUUUUCAAACACCACUCGAUCUUGCUGCACAGUUUGGACGUUUGCAAGCCGUACAAAUACUUUUGCGUAUGCAUCCUGAAUUAAUUGAUCCCUAUAAAAAUUGUGCUAAAAAUAUAGAGAUAUCUGCUGCCAACACACCUACGAAACUUACAUUCACACAUACAUGUUUACAUCUUGCUAGUCGAAAUGGCCAUAAAAAAGUCGUGGAGACACUUUUAACAGCUGGUGUUGAUGUGAAUUUGUUAACUCAUGCCGGCACAGCUUUGCAUGAAGCUGCGCUAUGUGGUAAAAAGUCUGUUGUUUUAACUCUACUGAAGGCAGGUAUAGACCCAAAUGCAAAGGAUGGGAAUGGACGUACAGCAUUGGAUUUAUUAAAAGUUUAUCCACCACAUGUUACUUACGAAAUUGUUACUGCCAUACAAGAUUUUUGUAAGAAACGCACAAUUGAAAAUGAAAACAAUAAUAAUUUGAACCAAAGUGAUGAUUCAAUGCGGGAUAAAUCCCAUACAAUGCCAAGAACUUUGUACGAGAAGAACUCUAAUAUUGCGAACAGUAAUGGCAAUAGUAAAUUUUUAACAACAAAUAUUUUAGUUGGAAAAACUUUAGACAAUAGUCCGAUUAAACCUACAAUAACCAGAAAAAAGUUUGUUCCAAAGUCUUAUGAGCAGAUAUGUUUGGCUAAGUCAGGAGGUUAUUCAAGUUCAGGCAGUGCGAAUAGUAUGGACAAUAUACCAAACCGGAGGAGAGGUCGUUGCGUGGAUGAAUAUGUUGUAAUGUCAGCACCCGAUACUAAAUCUGCUAACAAUUCAUCAACAUUAAAUGUAGAAGCAAAGCAAGCAAUUAUUAAUAAACCAAAAUUGAAAAAACCUUUUCCUAGUCCACGUAAUUUCGAAUAUAAAAAAUCUGCUGAAUAUGGGGAUUAUGCAAAUAUUAACUCUGUAGUCAGUUCUAACAAAGCUGAAAGGGAUUUUAAGCUAAAAAGCAAGAUUUACGAUGCUAACAACAAUAAAGCACAUUCGCCAACUCCAGAAUUUCCACCGCCAACAGUUGCAGAAGCAGAAUCUACUAUACAUGAAUUUAUACAUCCGCGUAAUAUGGAUAUGCAACGUGCAUCUAUAAAAUUAAGAAUAAAUGAGAGUAUUGAUAACGAUAACCCCGAAUCUGCAGCAGAAUCGGGGGAGUCGCACAGCUUACGUGCUUCCGACUGCUUAGAGGAGUUUAUAAGUGAAGUGCCAUUUGCUGGUCUUUUUAAAGGGUCUACACUUAAUCUACAUAUGGAUGAAGUUGAAUAUAGCAUAUUAGAUCGACGUUCAAGUGUUUUACGUUCACCCAGCCUAGUACGUUCUCUUAUGAAACCCGUACCAGCAAAGCGAAAUUUUGUUACACAAAAAUCUACACCGCCAAUUGAAAAUUUAAAUGAAUCCAAAGAGUGGGAAGAGAUUAAUACAAUUUUCGAAUCCAUCGGUAUGGAGGUGUUCAAUGCUAAUGAAAAGAAUACUGAAAAAAAUACAUUAAACUUAAAAGACGUAUUGCCUGCAAAGUCAGUGACGCAAAAUGAAUUUAAAAUGCGUAAACCCUCUGAUCUGGCUUUAGGUAUCUCUAGUAAUUUAUCAACCAAUUGGUGCCAUUCUCCAAAUACAUUAAUUUAUGGACAAAUUUUGUAUAACGUUUAUUAUCUCGGUUCUACGCUUAUCAAGGUACUGCAAGGCACGGUUUCUACACGUAAGUCAAUACAGAAGCUGAAACGAAAUGAAAAUAUGGUCGGCAAUGACUUAGAGGUGAAUUUAUUACAAGAUUGUAAUACAACCACGAAGUAUGUGAAGACAAACCAUCAACAGACACGUUUAGAAGUUGGAAUCGCCAUAUCACAUAUGGGCGUAAAAUUUAUGGAUAAUGUUAAUAAGAACACUAUUUGUUUGCAUGAUAUUGAAAAUAUUAAUUGUGUCUGCCAAGAUUCGGAAGAUCUGCGGUAUUUUGCAUAUAUAACCAAAGAAGACGACAUACAUUAUUGUCAUGUUUUUAUGGUAGACAAUUUGGAAUUGGCAUCAGAAAUAAUUUUGACUUUAGGUCAAGCAUUUGAGGUUGCCUAUCAACUUGCUAUGAAAAGAGAUAGCAUCUCCCCUGAUAAUGGAUUUAAAAGUUCUGAUAGUGUUUUUAUAGAAAAUGAGUAAUUUUUCAAUUAUUGUAUUAAGCAUUUAAUUAUCCGAUAAUGUAUUUUUUUUA